UGCCCGCUCUGUCUCUUCAAAUGUCCUCCGCAAUCUCGCGACAAAUUUCCCUUUUUCGAAUCCAGCUCGAGAAUCGAAGAUUCAAUGGCGCUGCGCUCCAGAUCUUGGACUCGAUAUUGGCCGCCAAGGACAUUCGAUCUCUCCUAGAGAUCAGAUCGGCUCUUGGAGAUCUCUUGCGGUCCGAGAUCGCGCCUGUUUUGGGAGAAAUUGCGAAGAAAUCCGCUUAUGAGAAGUUGCUUACUGUCGACUUCUUUGUCAAGGCAUUUGCUCUUGUAGGAGACACGGAGAGUUGCUUAGCUUUGAAAUAUGAGGCCUUAGUUCUGCGGGAGACAAAAUGUGCUGUUGAUCAUGACCUGCAUGUGUCAUAUCAGGAAUGGUAUGCUUUCGGCAAGGACUCACUCGAUAAUGGAUUCUAUACAAUUGCUGUCAAGGGAUUUGAAAGGGCACUCUUGUGCAUCCAAUCACAUGGCAAUAUAGAUCCUGACUUGGAUACUUUCUCGAUUGAGGCACACAUGAUUGAUGAAAUAAAAAAGCUCAGGGACAUGGCCGCAACAUUAGUUGCAUCACAUUCUGUCUAUACAGAAUCGGCCAACUACAUGAAGAGAAAAGCUAUUCACGAUGAAGGAAAGUGGACCUCACGUUCAGAUAAGAGACAAGAAGUUGCAAGCGUAACGUUCAGGAAUGGAAUUAAGAGAAGAAACAUGAUGAAACUACAACAGAGUCAGCGCUUGCUUCAGAACACCACGCCUUAAGCAAUUGCCAAUCCAAGUAUAUGACAUUUGUUUUCAAAGGUAACAGAUAUCUUUAAUCAUCUUUUGACGCAACUCUGUUUGCUUGCACAAUAAAGGAUACUUAGUUCCUUGGCAUACAUGGAAAUUUUAAGCUUCUGGUUUCUCUUCCGUUAA